AUGUCAUCCGCUCUUGUACAAGAGAAUGGCGAGCCUCAGACUAUCGAGACUUCACAAGGCAGCAUGGUUGUGUCUUCAGAUCUCCUCAUGGGGUCUAGAGCCGUGGCUGAUGCAAGCUUGGCCGCAAUUUCAUAUCCAAACGAUGAAGUCAAUAGCAGUACAUCCCUCGAAGCAUGUUUGUCGUCAUCCACCUUGACUAGUCCCAACGUUCUUAGAGAUGGCGUGGUUUCAGUACAGGCCGAGUCUCAGGUUGUGCGAUAUCCUGAACCAAAUGGAGUAGAAUAUCAUGCUCCAUCGCAUUACAAGGACGGUGAGAAUUGGGCAAUCGAUCCGCAACUGUGCGAGUCAGGUUUCUUGGACUACGUGCAAUCGCAAGGCGAAUUAUCAAUCCCAACAAGUCAGCUGUCGGACAACACCCAGGACAUGGAAUAUUUACCGCUUGAUACGAGGAAUUGCGUCGGCUUUCCGAGACCGCCACCGACGUCAAGACAACCUACGCUAUUAACACCAUCCGGAGUGUUGAAUGAUCGCAGCUCGAGUUCCGAGACGCCCUCGCACGAUGGUAGCAGCUCGAAUAUUCCGUCGUAUAUGACGCCAAAUGCCAUUCGGGCAAGAAAUUUGAUCCUUAGCUGUAAUCUUCCAAGACGAAGCAGCAAAACCUCUGGCCAUGUCCGAAACGUCAAGCGGCGUGUAUCAGUCUCAGAGGAUUUCUGGCCCUCAAAGCGUCAGAAAUUAGACAGCACUUGUUGCAACAGCUAA